AUGCAGUCGGUCAAGGAAGAGAGUCGAAACAGUGAUGGAGGGGAGUUUGCUGUGUACGAAAAGGAUAUCGUGUUCACGGGAACAAUCGUGAGCAUGGGACGGAAGCCCGUCCCACAAAGGACAAAUCUCAUCAAAAACAAGCACAGCAAUGAUGCCCAAAUGGGAAUAACCACGCAUGAGAUACAGCAACUCCUGCAUCGCCGGCCCGUGGUAACUGUUAGGGUUCUGCUGGACUGGAUGAGCUCUGCGAGUCGGGCAGAUAUUGAACGAGCUCUACCACUAUGCGGGUACAUGUUCAAAGAUGGGCCCUGGAAGAAAGCACUGAUAAAAUUUGGUGUUGACCCAAGGUCUAGCCCCGAGUUCCGGCAUUAUCAAACGAUCAUGAUGGAGAUGGAUUUCGACCCCGUUGUCGAAUGUGGAAAAUAUGACGGGGCGAAGAACAGAGAGCUCAUCUUCCCGCAAUUUCUGAAAGGGGAGGACAAUAUUCCUCAUGUCUUCAGUGGAACGAAGUUCGUGCCGGACAAUAACAUCUGGCAGAUCUGUGACAUUACGGAUGCCCUUUUACGGCGUAUCGUGUCGACAAGCAAUGUUUGCUCCGAAGUAGACCACAUCGACGGAUUCUUCUGGAACGGAACAAUGGCGAAAUUAGAAGUCAUUAUGCGCGACAAACUUGUAUGUAUUCGGGACGGUGGCACCCCUAAUGACGAGGACUACGAGUGCCUUUUGUCUUUCAUAUACACCACCAACAGGGCGUGA